UCCUAGUUGUUAUAAAGGCAAAUUCUGUUACUGUACAAGAAAAAUUCUUUAGUAUUAAAAUUUGGGUUUAAGUGGAAAAUAUCUCUAAUGUAUCAGAUGUUUCUUCGAUAGAAUUCCACAAGUAAAGCUAAGAAUAUAGCAUGGGUUGUCCCUUCGAGAGAGGGGUACCCAAUUCUUUUAAUUCGUUAAAGGACAGUGAACAUGAGAGAAAAUUUCGUGUGCGAAAUGUUAACUUGGACAGAUGUGACUCACAUGAACUAGAAAGAUUGGAUUUACCUGGAUUGACUGCAGCUGUUUUGAGUCUCAUCAGUCCUUCGAAUUGUGCGAUAGCUUCAAUAAUUGAAAGCGUAGUGGAGGAACGAUCUCAUAAAGAAGCGCAUUUUGUUAACGAAAGACAAUCUCAUGAUGUGCAAAGAAAUGAAACAGAAAAUGAUAUGCAAAAAUCUGAAGUUUACAAGAAACUAUUUGAAUAUGCAUCUUCUGUAGAUAUGGAAGAAGAUGCACUUUUAGAAGAAUGUGGGAGCUUUCAUGUAGAUACCUGCUUGAAAAAACAUGGAAGAGCUUUAAAUUUUCUAGGUGGUACGGCUAUCGACUUUUUCACUAGUUUAGAAUGUCUAGAUUACGUUCUUAGUAAAUCGGACCACGAAGAAAGAGAGACUCUUAGAGUGUUGCCAAAAUCAUCCAAAGGUCAUCUGAUCUUAGAAUUAUCAACUAAGAGGUUAUUUUGGGCUAAAGCAUUUGUUGGGGUCAUCAAGAGGAUUUUAGAUAGUUUGUUCCACUUAAGAACUAUCAUCAAGAUGCAAGGGAGUGCAGUCGAUAGUUAUUUAUAUGAAGUAAAGAUUAUAGAAUCGAACAAGAAGGAUCAUCUUCUGUUGGAAAGUAAUUCAAUAGAAACAGAAGAUACUCGCUUAUCGGUUGCUUCAUUUUGUAAAGCUUUCCCUUUCCAUUUUGUUGUUGAUCGUAACUUAAAACUAACUCAAGUGGGUUUAGGUUUGUCUAAACUUAUCGGUGGUCGAAGUAAAAAAAUUCGAGGAUGUAACAUUACGAAGUUUUUUCAUAUACUCCAACCGAAAGUGUCUCCCAGUUUCCAAGCUAUUUAUGCUAAAAUGAAUAUGCCUUUCUUUCUAUCAAUUCAAAAUUGUCAUAAACAAGUUGAGGGGAUGGAGCUGAAAGGACAAAUGAUAUAUUGUCCAGAAUCCGACUCCUUACUGUUUCUUGGAUCUCCAGUUGUAGACGGUUUAGACGAGAUGAAUGCCAGAGGUUUGUACUUAUCUGAUAUCCCCAUCCACGAUGCCACCAGGGAUAUCAUUUUAGUAGAGGAGCAGGUGCGAGCUCAAGACGGACUGAAAAGAAGGAUGGACAAGUUGAGGAACUCUAUUCAGGAAGCCAAUAAAGCUGUCGAAGCUGAAAGGAGGAAGAACGUAGAUUUGUUACAUCUGGUCUUUCCACCUAAUGUUGCUAGAAAGUUGUGGCUCGGUGAACAUGUAGAAGCCCAACAAUACGAUAACGUGACAAUGUUAUUCUCGGACAUAGUAGGCUUCACGGCUAUCUGCUCAACUGCCACACCCAUGAUGGUAAUUAAUAUGCUUAACACGCUAUAUACGAUGUUUGACAUUUUUUGUGGAGAACUAGAUGUUUAUAAGACGGAAACUAUUGGUGAUGCUUAUUGUGUUGCCGGAGGUCUUCACCGUCCAAGCAAAACUCACGCUCAACAAACAGCAUGGAUGGCUCUUAAGAUGAUGAAUGCUGCUCAAACUGUACAUUCUCACGAUGGAAAACUACUUCAGAUGAGGAUCGGGUUACACUCGGGAUCAGUUUUGGCUGGAGUGGUUGGAGUGAAGAUGCCACGUUAUUGUCUUUUUGGGAAUAACGUCACUCUAGCUAACAAAUUCGAAUCCGGGAGCGAACCUGGAAAAAUAAACAUUAGUCCAACCACUUAUAGCUUGCUUACAGAAACCGAAGGAUUCUCUUUUGUAUCGCGCAAACCGGAAUGUCUUCCUCGUGAAUUUCCCGCUGAUAUCGAAGGAACUUGUCAUUUUCUAGACUCUUAUCACCAUCCGGAUGUAGAACGACAUCAACCACUUGACGUUCACAUAAAGAAAGUUGUCGAAGAAUUAGAACUAGAUGUCACAACUCCGUGGAAUACGGAGAAAACGUAAUGAAAGUAACACAAGCUAUAAAGUGUCCGAAAAAUCAUUACUUCUCCAUGUUAUUUCACAUUUGGAAUAUUGUUUAUUAAGAAAAGUGACAUUCCAGAGAAUGAAUUUAUAUUCCAUUUCCUUUUAUUUUGCUAAUAAUCUGGUUUUUUUUUCUUUACCAUUUCCCAUUUCCCUAUGUCGUUACCGAGGAAGAAUCAAUCACAAUAGAAUGGCUAAAACAAGCUAGUGAUUGAUCAAUUAAACUCCAAUUAUGAAACUAAAUUAAUAUAAAUUGAAAUGUCUAAAUUAAUUCUUUAGUGCGAUUUUUAUAUAAUAAAAAAAGGAAGGGAUUAUUUAUUAAAAAUUAUU